AUGUCUCUCAAUACCCUAACCAGCUUGUCAAAAGGUAUCCUGAAGAGAAAAGUUGCGAUUUUCAAGGGGCGGAUGAUCUUAGUUGCAGGAUUAUCUGCUGGGGCCGCUGCGGCUCCAGUUCCCGGGCUAUCUAUAGCUGUUGAUGCCGUUCUCAUAUUCAAAGAAAUUAGAGAGUACAAAGCCCAGCUUGGUAUUCCUUUGGAAGGGUCCAAAAUAUUUGAGGCGGUAAGUUUCGUCACCCAAAAGGCGAUUGCCGAAAUCCAUCUCCAGUUUUCCUCUUUGACCAAAAUCCUCUCAAGACGCUGCCGCAGGACUUGCCGCGGAAGAAAUGGCUCGUUUUCUUCCGAUAGUAGGUUCAGUAAUAGCUGGCACUCUAUCCUUUGGCUGUCUGAAAAAAAUUGA